AUAAUGUUGACGGAUACGUUGGGACUAGCACUGGCGAUGCUCAUUUGGAAGACCGUAUCAUGCAUCACAGGCUGGGCCAUAUCACGAUUCGGUCUAUUUGGCAUAAAUGCAGCACCACCUAAGAGCGGUUUGCUUAACUAUUUGGGACUUGUACUCUUGGUUCUCGGAUACGGAUUUAUGUAUGCUUUCAAUCGAGUGAGUAAGACUUUGAUUGUUCCAGUGGUAUAA